AUGCUCCUUUCCUACGUCCUAAUCGCAGACCUUUUGGUGCGCGCCUACACCAUCUUCAAAUGGCUCUGGGCGUGCGUGGCGCAGACCUUCGAUCGCUACACCGCGCCAACGAUUCAGGUGCCGCUGCCGGCGGUGACGUUCACGGCGACACCCGCCGCGGAAACUCUCAACCCCCGCUCUGCCGGCGAGGGCAAGAUUCAGUGCUACGACAAGGGCACCAAUGUCCCUAUUGGCACCGUGAAGGCGUUCACGCCGGCGGAGGUGCGUGAGGUGGUGGAGAAGGCCCGCAGAGCACAGCAGGUCUGGGCACUCACUCCCUUUUCUACGCGACGCAAGCUGCUCUUCGCCCUCAUGGACUACAUCCUCGCCCACCAGGAGUUCAUCUGCCAGACGGCCUGCGUGGAGUGCGGUAAGACAAUGAUGGAUGGCACACUAGGCGAGAUGCUGACCACCUUCGAGAAGCUGCGCUGGACUGCCGCGCAUGGUGAGGAGGUGCUUCAAGACGAGGUGCGCGAUGUUGGCCCCAUGACAAUCCACAAGCGCGCCAGCGUGAGCUACGUGCCCUUCGGCGUCAUUGGCGCUAUCGUGUCGUGGAACUACCCCUUCCACAACAUCUACGGACCCAUGAUCUCCGCCCUCUUCGCUGGUAACGCCUUCGUCGGGAAGGUGUCGGAGUACUCGUCCUACUACGCCUCCUACUACGAGUCGAUCGUCAAGGACGGCCUGCGCCAGCUAGGCUACUCGUCAGACCUCGUGUCGUUCCUCACGGGCUUUGCGGAGACGGGCGAGGCUGUCGUGUCGUCGGUAGACAAGCUCAUCUUUAUUGGGUCUCCUGGUGUUGGCAAGGUCAUUAUGCGCAACGCCGCAGCGACGCUGACGCCGGUUGUGCUGGAACUAGGUGGCAAGGACCCAGCGAUCAUUUGUGAGGACGCGGACCUGGAGCAGGUGAUCCCCGUGGUGAUGCGCGGUAACUUCCAGAAUUGCGGGCAGAACUGCGUCGGCCUCGAGCGCAUUCUCGUGCAGGAGAGGAUCCAUGACCAGCUGGUGCUCGAGGUAACUCGCCUGACGCGUGCACUCACCCAGGGCCCCGCUUCGCAGGGCCAGUACGACCUCGGCGCCAUGACGAUGGGCAGGGCGGCCAUCCCGACGAUCCAGCGGCUGGUGGACGACACGGUGAAGGCAGGCGCCACCCUCGUCUGUGGCGGAAAGGCGGCGAGCGACCACUUCUUCCCGGCGACCAUUCUGACGAACGUGACGCCAGACAUGCCAAUCGCCCAGGAGGAGGUGUUUGGUCCUGUGAUGGUCAUUAUGAAGUUCAAGACGGACCAAGACGCCGUGAAGAUGGUUAACGCGUGCGCCUACGGACUCGGCUCCAGCGUGUUCAGCGCCAACAUCCCGCGCGCACAUGCCAUUGCGGAUCGCAUCCGCACUGGCAUGGUGAACAUCAACGAUUUUGGCAUUAACUAUCUCUGCCAGUCACUGCCGUUUGGUGGCGUAAAGAUAAGCGGCUUCGAUCGCUUCGCUGGUCGUGAGGGUCUGCGGGGCAACUGCAUUGUGCGUGCCUCGACAAUGGACCGCAUUCCUGGCGUGAAGACGACCAUUCCGCCGAUUCUGCAGUACCCCAUCAGCCCAGCCGCCUUUACCUUCAUGGAGAACGUCGCUCAGGUGAUGUACGGCCGUCUACCGCACAUGAUCACCUCAGCCACAAAGCUGUUUGCCAUCAAGCCGGACAAGAGCACUGACAAGAAGAAAGCAUGA